CCUACUUUAAUUCUUCAAUUAUAAACAGAAAGUUUUUAUAUACAGUACUCAAGUUUCUAAUGCUGUUUGCAAAUCUAAAUUAUGUCGGUCGAAAAUCCUGACGGUACUUCAUCGGAGCUGGUUUUCUUUGUCAAUGGCAAAAAGGUUUUAGAGAAACAUGCUGAGCCAGAGACAACACUGUUACAGUAUUUACGUCAGAAGUUGGGACUGCCAGGAACAAAACUGGGCUGUGGUGAAGGUGGAUGUGGGGCGUGUACCGUCAUGGUUUCCAGAUAUGACAGGGAGGCACAGACCGUACGCCACUUCUCUGUGAAUGCAUGUCUGGCCCCAGUUUGUUCCAUGCAUGGGAUGGCAGUUACAACAGUGGAGGGUAUAGGCAGCGUGAAACAUGGUCUUCACCCGGUCCAGGAACGGCUGGCUGCCUCCCAUGGCUCCCAGUGUGGUUUCUGUACCCCAGGCAUCAUCAUGUCCAUGUACACUCUGCUCAGAAACAAUCCACAACCGUCCAUUGCCACCAUGGAGAAGGCAUUUGAAGGCAAUCUAUGCAGAUGUACUGGGUACAGACCUAUAUUAGACGGCUUUAGGACUUUUACAAAAGAGUAUUGCCAGAUGGGAGAAAACUGCUGUAGAAACAAGAACAACAAUCAGAAACAGGAGGAAGGGACUGCAAGCCGGCUGGUUAAUGGUGUGGACUAUGUGCCCCUAGACCCCUCUCAGGACCCUAUAUUCCCUCCAGAACUCAGGAACACAGAACAGUAUGACCGAGAUUACCUGGUGUACCGGGGUGAACGUGUCACAUGGUAUCGGCCCCAUACUUUGGCAGAGUUAUUGGACCUGAAGUCACAGUUUCCUGAUGCUAAACUGGUGAUAGGAAAUACCGAAAUAGGCAUUGAGAUGAAGUUUAAGAAAAUGAAGUAUCCAGUGUUGAUAAAUCCGAGCCAUGUUCCGGAGCUAGUGAAGGUGGAACACACAGAAGCAGGGAUACGGUUUGGAGGCUCAGUAACCCUGUCCAGAAUUGAUGAGGAACUGAAAUUGGCCCUUGAAAAAUACCCAGACCAGCAGACAAGAGUGUUUACAGCUGUUAUAGAGAUGUUGAGAUGGUUCGCCGGCUACCAGAUCAGAAAUGUCGCUGCUGUAGCAGGCAACAUUAUAACAGCUAGUCCGAUCUCCGACCUCAACCCCCUGUUUCUAGCAUGUGGGGCAAUGCUGCAGGUCCACAGUAAAGAGCGAGGUCUGCGUGAGGUGCAAAUGAAUGAGAAGUUUUUCCUGGGUUACCGGAGGACAGCAGUGAAUCAAGAUGAAAUUGUGCUCAACAUAACCUUGCCAUUCACAGCUAAGACAAAGUACUUUGCUGGCUACAAGCAGGCAUACAGACGGGAGGACGACAUAGCGACUGUGAAUGCUGGCAUGCUGGUAGAGUUUGAGGACAACUCUAAUGUUAUCAAGGAGUUGUCCCUUGCGUAUGGGGGUAUGGCUAUUACCACGGUGAUGCCCACUAGGACACUGACGGAGGUCGUUGGAAGACACUGGGAUGACCGGUUGGUGGAUGAUGUUUGUCGUCUGCUGACGGAGGAAAUGCCCCUAGCGGCCGGGUCUCCAGGAGGGAUGGUGGAAUACAGGAGAUCUCUCACACUCAGCUUUUUCUUCAAGUUCUAUCUCACUGUUCAACAGCAGCUACAAACUAUGCACAUCCCGACCUCAAAGGUGCCUUCUUACUUCCAAAGCGCUACAACAUUGUUCCACAAGGACCCCUCACGCAGCUCCCAGAUCUUCCAGGAAGUGGCCCCCGGGCAGCUGCAGCAGGAUCCAGUAGGCCGUCCCCUUGGUCAUUUUUCCGCCGCCAAGCAGGUGGCCGGGGAGGCCAUCUACAUUGAUGACAUUCCUAAAAUGCAUAACGAGCUUUACAUUGGGUUUGUGAUGAGCAACAAGGCGUAUGCCAACAUCAUCAGUGUGGACCCAUCGGCCGCCCUGGCCAUGCCAGGGGUCGUGGAUUACAUCUGCCACAAGGACGUGCCUGGGCACAACAGUUGGGGAGCCGCCGUGCAAGAUGACGAGGAAAUUUUCGCCUCAAAACAGGUGCUAACACAAGGGCAGAUAAUUGGGGCGAUACUUGCAGAGACCCAGGCUCAAGCACAGAGGGCAGCUGACAGUGUGAAAGUGGAAUAUGAAGAACUCGAACCAGUCAUCACCAUCAAGGAAGCAAUCAAAGCUGGUUCGUACCACAGGCCCCCUAACUCAAUCUCUUGCGGGGAUGUGGAGGCUGGUUUCCAGCAGGCAGACCAUGUGCUGGAGGGGGAAAGCCACAUGGGCGGCCAGGAACACUUCUACCUUGAGGAUCAUGCCACCCUGGCUGUGCCCCGGGGAGAGGACGGGGAGAUGGAGAUGUUCGUGGCCACACAAAACCCGUCUGAAACACAGCAUGUAGCAGCUGAGGCCCUGGAUAUUCCAGCCAAUCGUAUCGUGGUGCGGGUCAAACGUCUUGGAGGUGGUUUCGGAGGGAAGGAAACUCGCAGCAUUGUCUUCUCAACGCCCUGUGCAAUUGCUGCCAAUAAACUGGGCCGGCCAGUCCGUGUGAUGCUGGACAGAGAUGAGGACAUGGUAAUGUCAGGUGGGCGACACCCAUUCCUCGCCAGAUACAAGGUUGGUUUUAUGGACUCGGGGAAGAUUGUGGCCCUGGAGGUUAACCUGUACAGCAACGCUGGAAUGUCUUUAGAUCUAUCCUCUGCAGUAAUGGACCGUGCCCUGUUCCACAGCGACAAUGCGUACAAGAUCCCAAAUAUGAAGGUGACAGGUUAUGUGUGUAAGACAAACACCCCCUCCAACACGGCCUUCCGGGGGUUUGGCGGACCCCAGGGCAUGAUGAUGGUUGAACAAUGGAUCUCUGACUUGGCAGGGACUCUUGGGAUGUCACCCACUAAGAUCCGAGAGCUAAACCUGUACCAGGAAGGGGACAGGACCCACUUUGGCCAGGAGCUUAGUCCCUGCUUUAUACAGAAGUGCUUUGAUGAGUGUGUCAAACAGAGUGACUUCCUCAGAAGGAAAACAGAGGUUGAUAUCUUCAAUAGUGAGAAUCGCUGGAAGAAGCGAGGCAUUACUGUUAUACCUACAAAGUUUGGGAUCGCCUAUACAGCUCUACAUCUUAACCAGGCUGGGUCGUUGGUACACAUCUACCAGGACGGGUCUGUGUUGCUCACCCACGGGGGUGUGGAGAUGGGCCAGGGGCUACACACCAAGAUGAUACAGGUUGCAAGUCGUGCACUGGGCAUCCCCGCCUCUAAGAUCCACAUCAGUGAAACGGGAACAAAUACAGUACCCAACACCUCUGCCACCGCAGCCAGCGCCAGCUCCGAUCUCAACGGCAUGGCUGUUAUGAAUGCCUGUAAGACGUUAUUGGAGCGACUUGAGCCAGUGAUGCGUGACAAUCCCAAGGGCACAUGGGAAGAAUGGGUGAAGGCCGCUUACUUCCGCAGAAUUGGCCUAUCUACCACUGGCUUCUAUAAAACCCCAGGGAUAGGAUUUGACUUUGAGAGUGGAAAGGGAAAACCAUUCAAUUAUUUCUCGUACGGUGCAGCCUGCUCCGAGGUGGAGAUCGAUUGUCUCACUGGUGAUCAUGUGGUGCUGCGAACAGACAUUGUGUUUGAUGUGGGACUAAGUCUGAAUCCUGCUAUAGACAUUGGCCAGAUAGAAGGGGCAUUUACACAGGGUUAUGGGUUGAUGAUGAUGGAACAGGUUAAGAUGUCUCCAAAGGGCUUCAUGUUUACACGCGGGCCUGGAAACUACAAGAUCCCGGGCUUUGGGGACAUUCCUGUAGAGUUCAAUGUCACCUUGCUGAAGGGUAGCGUCAACGAGAAGGCUGUUUACUCUUCUAAGGCAAUAGGAGAGCCUCCUCUGUUCCUGUCUUCCUCGGUGUUUUUUGCUGCGAAGGAGGCGAUCUCGGCUGCACGUGCAGACGCUGGUCUCCAUGGUAACUUCCGUCUUGACAGCCCAGCCACCCCAGAGAGGAUACGCAUGGCUUGUGAAGACCAGUUCACACAGAGGUUCCCAAAACCGGAGGAAGGCACCUACACCCCGUGGUUCGUUGACCUAUAAACAAGCCUCAAAAAUUGCCAGGCAAUUUGGACAGACUUGGUCUACUUUAGAAUUGUUUUCUGGGUAAACUGAAGAAAUGAAAUCUACAGAAAAAAAAACGAAGACAAUAUAAUACAUGUACGAUACAUGCGCUAUGUUUAAAACUUAUGUUUAAAAAAGAUAGUACUGCGUUAUAUUAGUUACAGCAUAAAACUUGCAUGUUUCAUAAAUGUCGAUGUCAUUUCUCGUUUGUUAUCCCAAUUACAUGCUUGUAUGAAACAUCCUCAUUACAUGCUUGUAUGAAACAUCCUCAUUACAUGCUUGUAUGAAACAUUGAUAUAUAUUUUAUUGUAUUUAAAUUCUACAAUAUAUUCUUAUACGAAGGAGUAUUAAGUUUAUACAUUUGAUAUAGCAAAAGGCAAACUGGUCAAUUCAGGGUUGAACAAGUGGGGUUUCAUGUGUGACUAUGGAUAUCACAUGGUUAGGGAAUUAAAAGGACCCUUACAAGUAACCAUUCCUUAACCAUUAAUUGCCUUCAGUCUUGGCCCCGAUAUCCUCCUUUGUGGAUUGCGUUUAUAACUAAAUCUAUGCAGGUCAAUCUCAAAUGACUUUACUUCGUAAUUAUUAUUUACAACUUUUUAUAAUUUAUGUAUUUAGAUUGUUCGGUGACUAUUUCAGAAUUAUUAUUAACUGUAUACCACCUUUUAUAUAGGUAUUACUUUAUGAGUGUAUGUCUGACACUUCUAUUAAUGUUCUUAUAACGCCAAAUAUAUAGUUAGUUUUAUAAUAGACAUUUGGUUUAUGCGAUUGCCAAUGAACAGGUGUUUAUACCUUAUACGGGUACAUUUCUAGAUUGUGAUACCAGGAUGUGUUAGCUUGCCUAGUGCACUGUAGUCAUUAUUAUUCAUUUAUUUUUUUCAAAAGUAGUGUCAGUCCAAUGUUUAAUGAAAUAAGGUUGUAAAUUGUUUUUUAGAUUGAUUUAUUUGUAGACCUUUUAUAUUAUGUGUUUAUGGCUAAUUUGUUUUAUAGAAAAGUUCUUCUAUGAAAGAGUUAAAAAUAAUACCAAAAAGUUUAAGAACUAGCCGAAUAUCUCUUUGUACUGUUUAGAGAUAUUUGUAUGUGUAUAACCAGUUCUUUUUUCAUGAACGAUUAUGUAUCAUUAUGUAUGACUGGUAGUCUAGAUGUACUUGCACUGUAUUAUACAUUGUGUAUUUAACGAAAAGGUUGUUUGCUCAAAGUUGAUUGUUGUACA